CCAACCUUUGCCCUCUCCUCGCAUCAGCCGCCUGUGGCGCGUUGUCCCGUGUUCUUGGACAUUUAUCGCAAGGGUGAAUACUGAGUUGCCAAGGUCUAAGAGGUUUGAUACCGACAGCAAGCUAUUGAGGAGGAGUCAUGAAUGUUCCAAGGAUCGCCUUCCAGACCGCGCGCCGCCUGACCACCUCCACGACGGUGCGGGCCGCCAAGGGUGAGGUGCACCCGGGCUACGCCAAGCUGCGCCAGCAGUACGCCAAGUUCCAGAUCCAGGACGGCGUGCCCGUACACCUGAAGGGCGGCCCGGCCGACCGGAUCCUGGCCUCGCUGACGUACGCGCUGUGCGCCGGCGCGCUCGUCACCGUCUGCUACACGCUCUUCUACAAGAUGGCCUAA